CACACACUCAUACACACACGCACGACAUUACAUGCAUCUCCCUCUCACACGCAUUCACAUCCAUCUAUAGCUGGAGAACGACGACACCCCGUCAUCAUCAUCACGCCGCCGGAAAUCCAUCUCACAGCGCCGCGCUGCCUCUGCUGGUCUCUUCAGCAUUGUUUCGUCCAUCUUCAGGAUCCUCAGGCCCGCGGCGGAUGGGUCUGUGAAAAGCCGCCGCCCGCCUUCAUCUCAUAACUCCUCCCAUCCCAUCAUACUGACACGAUUCAUCACGACGCGCGCGCACACGCGCCCGAUAUUCCCUUGACGAGGUGCAGGCGCCUUCAUGUCACGAUAUAAUGGCUUCGAUUAUGGCCGCGGUCCUCCUCGAGAUAGAUCUCGUUCGCCUUCGCGUUUCUCCGCCGACCGGCGUCAAUCCUCCAUAGGCGCUUUUGAGAAUCGCGCCCCAGGCCCUCCCCACCGAGGACCCGUGUCCGACGCGCCAAGAGGUCCACGCCCGCCCGGAGGUCCCAACACCGCUCCACGUGUCCUGCGUGAGGCCCCGCCGCUGAGUGGCGGCGAUCGCGGCCGUCCGUUUCGAGAUCGCGAUUAUGAUCGUCGUCCCUCGCCGCCGCCGCCAUUGCUGCAGCGGAAUCGAUCUCCUCCGCGGAACAUCCGCGAUGCACGUGACUUCCCGCCCCGGGACCUCGACACCACUCGUGCACGUCGUGGAUCCCGCGAUGGACCUCUCUCCGCCGGCUCGAAUUUCUCGGAAAAUUCGCCGUUCACGCCGACGGCGCGGGGAGGCGGAUUCGGUCGUGGCCGGGGUCGUGGCGACUUUGACUACCGCCCAGGUCGGGGUGGUCGGCGUAUGCCCAUCGACGAUAGAGACCGCGAGCCUAUCUUCCGCGACCGUAGUCCACCCGGAAGGUUCGCUCGCGAUCUUUCACGCGACAGCCGAGACGCAGAUCGCCGCGAUGAGCGUCCCCGGUUUGCCGAGCGACGGGACGAGGAUCGCCGAGGUGGCGAAUGGUCAGAUCGAGAGCGCGACUUGGAUCGCAUGCGACGCGAGCCGCCGCCGCCGCCGUUGGUGACUCGAUUAGAGCCGAGGGCAUCGAACGAGUCCUUGACCGGCGCUUCCGCUGCCUUCUCGCCGGCACCUGCAGCUCCUCCUAUUAAUCCGGAGCGACUGGCCAUUAUCGAGAGCACGACAGGAACCGACACUGCCGCUCGACGGCCUUCUACCAUUCAGGCCACGCCGCCUGCACGAGACGCUCGUCGAGAUCCACCAUCAUCAGAGACCCCUGCGUACUUGAACGGUCGAGCAGAGACCAUCGCGAAUCGAUAUGGGUCUCGUGGCUCCAGUCCUCCGACUCAAGCUCCACCGGUGCCGGCGUUCAGUUUCGCAAUGCCAUCGGCUGCACCGCCGCCGACACCCUCACAACCGUCCAAGCUGCAGAUGGAAAUUAAACCAUCGCCCGCCGAGAGUGAGACGUCGACACCUGCAGAACCCAAACCUCCUGUGUCAUCAUUGGAGAAAAGUCCUGUCGAGACCCGAAAGCCCUUUGCGGAGGAUAAGCCUACACGGCAAGGGUCAGAAGCUCCCCAUCCAGAGAGGUCCGAAAGACCGCCGUCAUCACCAGAAAAGCCGGCUCGUUCAGAGCACCCGGCGGAGAGUGAGCGACCGACCGUUCAGGAAGGCGCAGAUUCCCUGCCGAGACACGACACUCUCGAGAAGGGUCCCACACAAGAUAGGUCUGGACCGCCUGCCAAUGCGCCAGCUGCACCGCGCGCUGAACGCUCACACAGUAGCGAUUACUCCAUGCCGCCGCGACUACACGGUGUGAAAUCCAUGGAGAGCCUGGCUCGCAAUGCACCUCCUCCGUCAUCUGAAGGCCCUUCGGCAUACCUUGGAUCUAUGCCGCCUUCACCCACAGCUGCACGGCAGCCUCUCCCACAUCCCUCCAAAUCAAUAUCGCCUCACUUGCAACAGCCCGCACGUUUCGCCGAUCCCGCUAUCCCCACUGGGCCUAAAGCUACUCGUAGUCUACCCGUACAGGGACCAGACUCUCCUCGAAUUCCGUUCACCUCACCCCGACUGGAAGGGAUGGCCCACGGUCACGGUGGCUCUCAGCCUGCUCAUUCGCCCCCUCCUACUGCGCCACUCGGUCCGCGCAGGCAAUCCUUCAGUGUCUCUCCCAAAAUCACUCAUUCGAGCAUACCUAAUGCGCCGAAGGGGCCUCGCGGGGCUCUGCCGAUCGCACCGCGUGCCAUCGAUCGCGGUCCGCCCACGCAGAAUCGACCGACGAUGCCUGCUUUUGCACCUCCAUCGGGACCACGGAAUCUCCAAUGGAAUCAAUGGAGGAGACCGCCUCCUUCAUAUGGGAGCGAGAAGUUGGGACCGGGUAUCCCUGCCAAGCGCGACGCCAACGGAGACGAAAAGGAAAGACAACCCUCUCGGCCCAGCACAUCUACGGACAACGACGCGCAGAUCAAAUCCGAAGACAGGGAUGCUGGACGGUCAGAGCUCGGCCGACCUCACGACGAUGCCAUGGAUGUGGACGACACUUCCCCUCGACGUGCUUCGGCCGGGCAGGAAGGCCAUUCCGCGGCGCAAUCUUUCUUUGGUAAGACUGUUGAGAAAGGUUACGAUGAAGUCGACACCAGCAGCGAAGAGGAUGAACUCGACGAAGAAGAGGACGCCACUCUGCUCGAAGCAAAGCACGCGCGAGCGGAGCGAGAAUUGCGAUCUCAGAAGGCCGACCUCAGCGAAUCGAGAUAUCGCGCUACCACACCGCUGGGAUCCAUUGCUCGUCUAGCCCGGAUAUCGGUCAAAGACUUGGAGCGCAUCGCCGAGCGAGAACAGGAGAUGGACGUCGACGAACAACCCGCUUCUACAGACAAGCCAGCAGCCCCACCCACAGGCCAUUCAUCGGAAAGCAGCGAGGGCGCAGGCGCUUUGACUCCGCACGGUGAUAAUCUGCCCGGUGGCGCAAACAACAUUGACGAGGAUACCAAAGAGCCCAAGCGCCGUCUCCGGCGACCGACACCUGAGCCUAUCGAGCUUCCGUUCAUGAUCAAGGGACAGGAGGCUGUGCCUCUACAAGAACUGGACGUCUUUCAUGAUAACAUCAAGACUCUUGUCGAACGCGAUGCAGAUAUCAUGGCAGAGCUGACGCAUGAUGUUCGGGCCGAGGACGAUGCCCAGUACGAAGCCGAGGAGGAAUUCAGACGCCUGUAUCGCAAAUGGAAGGACGAAUGUCGCGAGUUGGAACGUGCCCAGGAGGCUCAGGAGAACCUGGAACGACAGCAGUCCAUCGAACCGACCUCCGAGAGAGAUCUCUCUCUUCCUCCCUUGGCAACUGCGCCCAUUGAAGGCCGUCGCGUGCUGAAAUUCAGCAGCGAGUAUGAGAUGGAACUCGUGCUCAAGCAAUCCGAGGAGACGGCUCGUAUUGAACAGGAGAAGCUGGAGCGCGAAGCCAUGAAGGUCCAAGCCGACAUGCUCAAGGAGGCCGUCAUCCCGGAUCAGAAGCUCGUGGAGAUGUGCAACCGCGACCACCUGAUCGAUGCGAACCGACUGCGACAUCCCGACGAUCUCACUGUGGUAUUCUCAUACGAGCCCCCUGCCGACAAUUUCAGCGAAAACGAGCAAAACAUCUUCAUCGCGGCAUUCAAAGAUACGCCCAAGAAGUGGGGCGAGAUCGCUUCGUUGUUGCCUGGCCGAACGUACAAGGACUGUAUCCAUCACUACUACACGAACAAGUGGGACGGCCGAUUCCGCGACAAUCGCGCGAAGAAGUUCAAGGGUGGCCGCCGUGGACGAGGCGGAAAGCCUCGCGUGUCGAGGGGUUCGGCGCUGAUGGCCGAUCUCAACCGAACCGAGGAUGGAUCUACCCCGGUAGCCGAAUCAGGUACGGGUCGACCGCGUCGGGCUGCUGCGCCGACGACAUUCGCGGAUAAGGAACUCGAGUCGAAAUUGGCGCUCACCGGGCCCUCGCCGAGCAAGAAGACCGCAUCGUCGAAGAACGAUGGGAAUGGCGAUGCCGGCGCUGAGAAGGUCACCAAGAAGAGGCGGACGGGUGAGAAGCCUGGUCGGAAAGCCAAGACACCGCAUCUUGCUGCUCUCGCCGCGGCUCCCGCCUUGGCUCCGCCUGUACCCCAGAAUCAGCCGCCCGCUCCUGUCAUGCCGACCAAGGAGGAAGUCCUACAUGCCCAGAAUCUCGAAGCGGCGAAUCUAUUGGCGGGUCUGCAUUCAGGUCACACGGCGGCCAUGAUGCAUCCCGAAGGCCAGCGGAUGAUGCUUAACCACCAGGAGCCCUUCCCGAUCCACAUGGCGGCUGCCGUGGAUGAGCCCGCCCGCAUCAAGGCGGGCCCCGAAGCUGCCGCUGCCGCUGCAUCAGCGGCCUCAAGCAAAUCCGGUGCUAACAGCUAUUGGUCCGUUCCCGAGCAGACAGAUUUCAAGCGUUACAUCGCGCAUUUCGGCACCGAUUUCAACGCCAUCGCCACUCACAUGGGCACCAAGACGCAGGUCAUGAUUAAGAAUCAUUAUCAGCGGCAGGUCGAUGGUGGUGGCAACGAUGAGCUCCGGCGUCUCGCAAGCGAAGCUGACGCGCGCAAAGAACGAGGCGAGAGCAUCGGUGCUCCGCCCACACCGACACCUAUCGUCAAGCGGAAAUACGAGAACCCCCGUACCGCGCUCCCGCCGCAAGAACGCACGCCGCGUUCGAAUGCCAACAACCCCGAUGCCAUGGACCUGGACGACCAUAACCCAUCAUCAGGCGCGCAUCCUCCUGCAUCGGCUGCUGCAGUCGGGAAACAUGCCUCCCCGCCGCAGUUCACCGGGAACAAACCUCGCUAUGCUACACCCGCUCAGAGCACGCCCGUUCAAGCCCAUCGUAUCGUCCCGAGCCCUCUCGGCACCGCGUCAACCCCGGCCACGACCAUGUCUUCGACCCCUCCUACCCUCUCACACACACGUCCAUACCCGCAAUCGCAGCAAUCUCUGGGAAGUGGUGGCAUACAUAUCAAACCGGAUCCUCGUCCAAGUCUCCAGCCUACAGUUGGAUUCCGUUUGGCCAAGCAGGAGCCCGCUCCUCCACCAACGUCCGCUGCUGUCGCGCCUCUUUCUGUCGUCCCACCGCCGUCAGCAGUCGCCGGGCAUGGAGCCCUUCAUUCGCCCACCACACAUGCACCCCCUCCGCAGCAUCUUCACCGUCGCGACAUCCCCAAUGCGAACGAUCCCGGUUUCCUGCAAGCCCUUGCCGAGGAACGCGAAAAGGCAAUCCGUCUAUACGAGCAGCAGAAGCAGCCCCCUGCACCAUCUGCCUCGCAGGCGUCGCAGCCGCCGCUUUCGGCGUCUCAGCAACUACAGCAACAGCAGCAGCAAGUCCCACCUGUUGCGGUGCAGGCUCGCCAUUCCCCGGCAAACCGACCGCAUCACAGCCCGCCUGUCCACGACCGCCGUAUGCUCUUCGAUGAUCGCCAGGCCCCCGGCAGCCCUCCGCGGAUGUUCCAGACUCCUCUCCAGCCGCAGUCCGCCGCACCUGCCCCUUCGCAUCCUUGGAUGUCGCAGCAGCAGCAAGCUUCGUCGUAUCCCGCGCCUCCAGUGUCUUCGGGUGCUUCAGCAUCGGUGGCUUCGCGCGCGCCGCUCGGGGAGCAGUCUCUCGGAAGAAUCGAUCCCGUUGGUCUUGCGCAGGCCCCACCGCCUCAGGCACAGCAAAAGAUCGUGCCUCCACCUGCUCCCACACCAGCUCCUGGACCGCCCAAGCGAUCGAAUCUUUCUAGCAUCCUUAAUUCGGACCCCGAACCGGCCCCACGAGUCAGCGUCAUGCGCGACAGCGCUCUCCCUCCCACGCGCCCGGCUUCGCCUGCAACUACCGGGAGAUACCCUGGUGCGUAUGGGUCGCGCACGGUCGAGCCCAGUCGCCGGGAGCCUUAUGCUCAGCCGCCGCCGCCGCCGGCGACGAGCAGUCACAUGCACCGUCCACAGUUCUCACAGUCGGCAGCGCCAUUGCCGCACGAUGCUCCGCCGUCUGCCCACGAACGCGACAUGCGCCCAAGCUACCUGCAUCGUGGAGCUCUGGGCAACCUCGCGCAAGGUUCCCGCGGAAACCCCUCGCCACCGCCCUACGGACAUUCCCGCACGCCUUCGUUGACGACGGGCCCGUCAGCGCCGCCGCCGCCUCGUGACCAUCGCUCGCUACUGGGUCAACAGCCCGGUCAAGCUCCUCCACCUGCUAGCGCGCAUGGCACGCCUCAACCGAUCCACGCCACGCCCUAUGGGAUGUCUCAAGCCGCUCCGCCACCGCCAUUUUCGCAGGCUCCAAUGCAGGAACACAGCCGUGCGCACCAUGUCCACGAGAGUAUGCACUCGCGCGAGCGAUAUUACGGUGGCCCACCGCCUCAGCAACUCGCGCCGCAGGAGCGCCCCGAGGAUCCCUAUCGCAGCCGCAUGGCGCCGAUGGACCAGCGCGAGCGGGAUUCAUAUUACGGCAGCCAUCACCGGCAGGAUGUCGCCCCACCACCGUCGAGAGAACCUCACCACCCGGCCGACGCGGAACGGCAUUACGCCGAGGCGCACCUGAGACAUCCCGCCGAUGCGGCAUCGCAACAGCAUCUCCGUCACCAGCCACAAGAUCCCCAUUCGCAGCAGCGCCAACAGCAGCAGCAGCAUGAACAACAGCAGCACCGACAGCUCGAGCAGCAGCAACAGCAGCAACAUCGUCACAUGGACCUCCACCGUCAACAACAACACGACCACCAACAGCGCCAACAGCAUCAACAACUCGAACAACACCGCCACCAAGAAGUCGAUCGCCGCCGCCAACAACAGCAUCAGGAAUCCCUCGACCACCGCCAACCACAACACGCCUACUCCACCCGCGGCCCGCCCUCCCACCAUCAACAACAACAACAACAACAGCCGCCAUCUCACGGCUCCCCCUACCACACAUCAAGCUACACCAACCCCCCUCCCGCCUCGAACCCCCCUCCUCCGAACGCAAGCACCUCCAGCGCCGGAGGCGGCGGCGGCCUCCGCGCCGAAGCCAUGCGCGAAUCCCAGAUCGCCAUGCACGAAGCCGAGCGCCGCCUGCAGCAGCAACGCCAACACGCCGCCAGCGUCCAGCAGCAGCACCACGCGCACGCGCACCACCCCUCGUCGGACCUCCGGGACCUCCGGGACGUCCGCGAUCGCGUCGCGAGGGGGGAGGACCCCGACCGCGGCGCCGCCGGUCCUCUGUACGGGCGGAAUACCCCCUCCUCCGCCGCCUAUGCCGGUUAUCCCGCCCCCCCGCCGCCGCAGCAAGGUUCCGGCCCGCCGCCACAGGGCGGUGCUGCCGGUGAGAGGAGGGAUGCGGGGCCUCCUGCUGGUGGGAGGGGAGACGGUGGAGGAUCGAGGCGGUGAUGAGAUGCACUGAUCGAUUGAUGAUUUGUCUUGGCUUGGCUUGGCUUGGCUUGGUUGACACAUGACGAUGACGACGACGAUGAUGAUGAGCAUGUACGACCGGUUGUCAGAGAGAGAUUUGUGCUGGGGGCUUUUGUGUCGGGUUCGUUGUGUACGGGGCAUUCCACCGCCCACGGGUGAGCGAUUCGAUUCGAUUGGAUUUGACCGAUGGGUGGAGGGCGACAUGUCUGGUACAUGCAUGGGGACUGUGAUAGAAUCGGGAGAGACUCCGGGAAUAGAAGGGAAGGUCCGAUCGGAGCGACGGAGUUCCUCCGGCAGGGAAGACCGCGAAAGAGAGAUGAAUGAAGAAAAAGGGAUAAGAGCGGGUGACGAGAAAGGAGUCCUCAUCGCAUUACUCCCUCUCCCUCUCCCUUCGCGUUUUUUGUAUCAUUAAAACACUUCGGUUGUGUUCACUUACUUACCUUCCUUAAAAAUUACUUACAUU